AAAUUCACCGCUGUCCCUCAAGUCUCGAAUCGGCAGCAGGUGGCGACAUGGACCGGCUGGUGGUGGUGGCGGUGGUGGCGGUGUCUACAUCUCUCUUAACAAUUCUCCUCCUCUCGCUCUUACAAACAAAACAACACAAAAACAUCUCCGCCUCGCCGCGCACAUCAGUUUCUAUCACCGCCACACACCCACCCCGCGCUCCUGAACUCGUCACCGGCUGCGAAACGUCGAACUCCGCGUCAAUGACGUCCGCCUGAGCCGGUUCAGCGCCUCGCCCAGCAGCAGCAGCAGCCGCUGCCCAAAGACAAAGGUCCCCCGUGUAGCCUGUAGCUACAGUAGGGGCAAGUGCUGUCUGCGCUUUGUUUGAAGCACCACCAGCAUGGCGUGUGCGGUGGCCACCCCAUUGCCGGAGCCGAUGGACGACUUCCCGGCGUGGCUGGAGGCGCAGGGCGUGAACGAGGAGGUGGCCCGGGCCAUGGACUCGGAGCUGGGCAUCCGGGACUACGGGGUCCUGCGCGCCUGCGUCGGGGACGGCCUCGUGCGUGCCGAGCUGCUGGCCGCGGCGCGCGACCGCCUGCCCUUCGGCUUCUACGCCGUGCUGCGGCAGGUGGUGAAGGCCCUGCGGGGCGCCGAGCCCCACCACGACGGCGCCGGGACUCCGCUCUGGGACGACGACGACGCCGCGGCCGCCUCCUCCCCGGGCGACGUGACGCUGGGAGGGCUGGUGGACGUGCUGCUCGCUCUGUUCAGCGGCCUGAGCCGGGAGCUGCUGCUGUCUGCGCGGAGGCUGGGAGCCAUGGACGGUCAAGUGGCCAGUGCUGGGGGCUCCACUCCGCCUGGAACGGAGGUUGAGAUCGAGGACUUGCUAAAGGCCAACGGAAAUCAGCCCUCAGGGAAUGAUGCGGCGGAGGUGUCUCCUCCGGUCGGGGGCUUCAGUCCCUCGCAGGCGACUCGUGUCAUUAAAAUGGAGCUCCGCGAUGAUGACAUCUCGUGGCCAGCGCCUGGGGGCGAUGGCAACCUCCACCAGGUCUCUUGGGAGGAUCUGGACCCGCGAAGAAUGGGCUUCAUAAGCUCAACAGAACUAGCAGGCAAGCACAUCGGUGACCAAUCCGGCUUCGUCAUUCAGAAAGUGACCUCGCUGCAGGCCGCCGGGGACGAUUUCAGCAUCGACUCUUCACCGCGUCUGCUGCACCCCCCGGCCGAAGCAAAGUACAGCGGCGGCGGUGGCGGCACAAGAUCAAAAGCUGCCAUCGCCGCCGCCGCCGCCGAACACGCAAACCAGCUGUUCGGUGACGGAAGCUUCCGCUGGCCGGGAGGCCCGAACCAUAACAAGAUCGUGACCGCCGGCGACGGCGAUCGCCCGGCAACGGAGCGCGUUCCGCCCGAGUCAAACCGGCGCGACGGCUACGCCGGUCGGCCCGGAGUCGCGCCCGCCGGCCAGGCCACCGGGCACCCCUCCGACGGCCCCCACCGGUGCGAGGUCUGCGGCCGGUGCUUCGCUCAGCGCCGCGCCCUCCAAAGCCACCGACUGGCGCACACGGCCGGCGCCAAGCAGCCGGACCGGCGCGGCGCUUGCGGCCGCGCCCUCCCCCAGGGCCGCGGGCCGAACCUCGACGAGUGCGCCGCCGCGGCCGACGCCGCCGCCGCAGCCGCGGCGAGGCCGCACCGAUGCCCGGUGUGCGGCCGCGCUUUCGCCCUCGCCGGCGAGCUCAAGUCGCACGCGCGCACGCACACGGGCGAGAAGCCGUACCCGUGCAGCGUGUGCGGACGCGCCUUCUCGUGGCUGUCCAGCCUCAAGAUCCACCGGAGCUCGCACACGCGCGAGCGUCCCUUCCGCUGCGCCGCGUGCGGCCAGAGCUUCCCGCACCGCUGCGGCCUCAAGCGUCACGAGCGCACGCACACGGGCGACAAGCCGCACGGCUGCGACGAGUGCGGGCGGACCUUCGUGCUGCCGAGCGAGCUCAGGAACCACCGGCGCACGCACACGGGAGAGAGGCCGUUCAGCUGCGGCGUGUGCGGACGCGCGUUUACGUGGAGCAAGAGCCUCAAGAUGCACGAGCGGACGCACGCGCGGGAAGCUGGCGCCGCCGAGGGAACGCCAGGCCCAUCCGGCCUGGCCUUGCCUGCGGGCGCGGGAGAUAUGGGAGCUCGCCAACCCAAAGUCAUCGCCUUUAACGAGACGAGCAUCAUCAGCAUGGCGUGCGCGGUGGCUACCCCAUUGCUGGAGCCGAUGGACGACUUCCCGGCGUGGCUGGAGGCGCAGGGCGUGAACGAGGAGGUGGCCCGGGCCAUGGACUCGGAGCUGGGCAUCCGGGACUACGGGGUCCUGCGCGCCUGCGUCGGGGACGGCCUCGUGCGUGCCGAGCUGCUGGCCGCGGCGCGCGACCGCCUGCCCUUCGGCUUCUACGCCGUGCUGCGGCAGGUGGUGAAGGCCCUGCGGGGCGCCGAGACCCACGAUGACGAUGAUGAUGCUGCCGCCUGCUCCCCGGGCGACGUGACGCUGGGAGGGCUGGUGGACGCGCUGCUCGCUCUGUUCAGCGGCCUGAGCCGGGAGCUGCUGCUGUGCGUGGGGAGGCUGGGCGAGUGGGAUGGACUGACCCAUCCCACAGCUUUAUCAGCCACAGGCGCUGACAGUCCUGAAGAUGUGGGGCUGGGAGCCAUGGAUGACCAAGAAACCAGUGAUGGGGAUUUCACUUCAACCGCAAGAGCGGUCGCUCCAAUGGAUGCAGCAGAUGAUUUUGUUGCCUGUCCAGCGGAAGGUGAGGCUGGGGCUGGCCAGUUGUUAUCCGGUGAGCGCUUAAACCACAAUAAGACGUUGACUGUCAUCAAAGUUGAGACCAGCGAAGAGGAGAAGUGGAACCCAGUUGCAGACUUCGAAGGUUUGGACCCCGGGCAGAUGUUGCAGAGAGUGAAAACGGAAACCCGCGGAGGCACGAAGAGCUCCCACGAGCGCUGGCAGCCCGUCGCCGCGGACGCCAGCUCUCUGCGGGACGCCCAAGCGGCGGACGUGCCCGCCGUGGGCAGUUUACCCGCGCAGCGUCGGCGGCCGACGUUUGGCAGAACGCGCGUCGGCAACGCCACGGCCACCACGAGUGGCGGCGCGUUCGAGACCGAUCAGCAGCAGCUCGCGAUGGGAUACGCCCAGGACGAGAAGGCCGCGGACAUAGACGUGCCUCUCCCGCAGGAGGAGCAGCAGCAGCAUCAGCACCACGACGACUUUGCCUUCGCCGUCGACGGUCUAUCGCCGGCGUUCGAGCCGAUUCGACGGCGUUCGCUGAAGGUGGCUGCGGGCAAGAAGCUGUUCGGCUGCCGGGUUUGCGGUCACUUCUUCUCGAUGAGGUGCAGCCUGGUCCGCCACCAGCGCUUGCACACGGGCGAGAAGCCCUACUCGUGCAGCGUGUGCAACCACCUGUUCUCCUCGAGCUCGCACCUCAAGUCGCACGAGCGUACGCACACGGGCGAGAGGCCGUACCGCUGCGAGGUUUGCAAGCAGAACUUCUCGCAGCUGAGCACGCUGAGGCGCCACGAGCUGACGCACACGGGGGAGAGGCCUUACCGCUGCGGCGAGUGCGAGCAGACUUUCACGCGCAAGAACGUCCUGAGGAAGCACGAGCGUACGCACGAUAGCAAGAGGCCCUUCCACUGCGGCGGGUGCGGGCAGAGCUUCGGCAAAGCGUCGUCUUUGAAGUUUCACCAGCGCACGCAAGUGGCGUGCUCCCAAGUCGGUGAUUUAAACUGAUUGUUUUUUUUAACCAAGUAAGGCCCUGCUGUGAUGAUGAAGAAGAUGGCUUAUUGAACCUCCUGCAUAACAAGCGAGGGAAAUAUCACCAGAUUUGAAGCUUUCGUGACUGCAAGGAUUCAUAUUCUUAGGUUUUUUCGGUAAAUUUCGAUUUAAAGCUUUCGUGACUGCAGGGAUUCAUCUUCUUGGUUCUUUCGGUAAAGUCACGUAGAAGAGAAGUAAUAAAAUAAUAAAAAUAAAACAUAAUAAAAUAAUUUUUUUAUUAUGUUUUAUUUUUAUUAUAUUUUUCUUAUUUUAUUAC